AUGGGCCAUGUCUGGUCGCUUCGGAAAGCCCCCCUUACGCCUCCCGCCGUCCCGCGUGUUGUCCGGGCGUCCCUUUUUCCUCCAGUUGGCAAGGCAUUGCAGAACUGUUUCUCCUCUGUCUUAUCUCCUGAAGCUGCAAGUUCAAUUGUUGUCAGGAAACCGAUGUUUGCUGCCGAGCAGCGCGGUCGAGUUGGACUAAAAGGGCGACGCUCAUCGGGAUCUAAUUACCGUGCUACAGCAUGGCAGAUUGACAACGGCCCGUCGCAUAUUCCGCACAGCCAAUCGCAGCGACAGCAGCCGUUGUCUGCGUCGAAAAUGGGCCGGGGCAGCGUCUCAGAGGCGAGGAGCCUGAGUGAUCCGGCCAUCACUCCAGAUCUCCUCCGCAACAGUCGUGGCAUGACCCAGCCAAACACCACCGAUCUGCGAGCCUCCAUACAAAGCCACGAUCAAUUUUUCGAUUGCGACGAGCACGCGCAGGCCGCUAAAGCUGGCGAAGAUCCGAAUGCAGUCCCCGUGAACCACGUCAAGAGCGACACGUCGCGCCCAAUAGAUAAUCGUCCCGCGUCCCAGUCGACUUCACAUCCAAUCCCCGAGGAACCUCACAGCGUCCAAAGCAGCAACGACGCGAAUGACCGACGUUUCCAAGAACUCCGUCGUCCGACAGAAAGCUCGACUUCGAGCUCCGCGACUUCUCAGGAUUCGAAUCUAGAUUCUUCCAGCACCAUUGUUACUUCGCCGACCGCCGGUUCCUCCUUCUCGAGCCCUCCGAAACCCGACGCUCCAAAGUCGGUGGCUCCGUCGCUUUCACCAUAUUCAUCGCCAACCAACAUUACUUCGGCUGCAAAAAAUACCCAGAGCACUCCGCCGGUCUCCAAAAUUAAACAGCAACAAUCCCUUCCUGCGCUCUCCUCCACUCGGGCCGUAUCAUAUCAGUAUUCACAUAGGAGUCCCAAAACUCCUGCGAAAGGUGCGAAACGACAACCCGCAUCCCGCAGUUCCUAUGGAAUCGCAACGGCCAACGGACCUCCGCAGUCUUUGAUUACCCGCCAGAGUUAUAGCUCAGACCUUGGGAGGUUAUACCGCCGUCACGACAGAGAGCAAGCCGGUGGACAGCCCCGGAAUUUUGAUUCUUUAGGUCACGGCAGCACCACUUCGCGAAGCGCAGUAACUUUGGAGGGUUCGCCAGUAGUGAAGGAAGAGAAGUUGGAAGAGCGAAAGUCGGGAGAGGCGUCAUCAUCGAAGGAAAACGACGCAGCAGCACACGACGGGAAGACCGCGUCCGAACCCCAAAACACUAGGGAUCAAAACGAGAGAGAGGACAUGGCUCGAGGACCCCGGAUGGACCCUCAUUAUGAGGAUGACGACCACGCGAUUGAAGAUUUGAUUGGGUUGGAGGAGCAAGAAAGCGGACGGAGCUUUGGAGCAGAAGGAGGCAACUCCGCUGGAAGCGAGGAUUUGUUUCUACAUCUUGCAAAGAAACAGGAUUCGGUAGCGGACGACCCGGGGGUUACAAAGCGAAAGUCGAGGAUCGCGCGUGUUCCACAACGUCAAUCCUUUCCAACCCACUACACGCCGCCAGCACGACUUCGUCGCGACUCGAAUGACCAAGGGUCCGACUAUGCAGAGUCUCCGCUCAUGUCUGUUACCGGUGAAAGCGGCUCUAGGUACCGACGGUCAUCGACCUUUACCACACCAUCAUACCGAAACCAUCCCGAGUCAUCUCCCAUAUCACCAUCUCUUCGCAUCGAACCCACCAAAUCGCGCGCGAUGGCAACUUUGCCGCAUUCUCCUUUGGUAUCUCCGGGAUCCCAGCCACCGAAUUUAGAGCACGGCACCAGGAAUCGAAGACCCUCUAUCUCCGAAUCUAUGUACGCCGCAUCCGCUCGACAACGGUCAUACCGACCUUCGCGAUUGAAUUAUGAUGCAUCCGCAGAUUUCAACCUGGAUCCCGAGAGCUCUACGCAUGAUGAGAUGCCCCUAGAAGAGGACACCACCAUCACCGGCCUAAUCGGGAGACCUCGUGCUCAAUCCCGCGCCGCAAUGGACGCAACCGCGGAAUCCGUCGGAUCCAAUCCGACCUCGGCUCCAUCCACGGUUUGGGAUGAAUUAGACGAUAUCAAGUCUCGAAUCCGGAAUCUUGAGCUCACGGGAAAGUGGCCUUCCACGAGCGGAGCAACAAUAUCAAGCUCGCCCCAUACCGACCGAGACCGGCCUCGAACAGCAGGCACAGGAGUAACCACUACCGUCACAACCGUAUCGUCUUCGCCGCGGCGGGCGACGAAUACGCCCAAGCGAAGCGAAUCUCUUGAGGGAAGUUUCGAUCCAAACACUCCGACCAGCCUGCAUCUGGGAGGGCCAGCUGCUGUAUCCCUCCAUCCGUUGCUCCACGACGCCCUCACCCGUGCCAAGGAGCUUCUUCCCUCCCCUCUCUAUUCUUCCCUCGAGGUGGCAGCCAGCGAUGCGCUGGAGCUCGCCGUCCUCGCAUCGACUUCUCAAUCUGGUCCCCAGGGCACGGCAAGCAUCUACUCCCACAAUGUGAUGGGCCUGAACAAUUUCGGUUCGAGUAACGUUGACCGCAAAAUCAAGCGCAAAGUGGACGGCCUUUGCCGCAGUAUGACGGAGCUUACCAUUGCCAUGUGCGACGGCCGGAUGGACUCGAACACGACCACCGCGGCAGCUGAGACAAGGACUCGUCCUGGGAGCAAAGAUGGCUUGUCACGGCGGCCUUCUAUAAAUGGAGACCACGAAGGGGGACCUCCCGUCUCCUAUCCAUUGGUCAACUAUUCUCGAGUGUCACGAUCUGCCUCUCUCGAACCGGAUCCUGACUAUAUUCGCUCCACGCCGAGCCGUGCCUUGGACCGCAUCGAAGCACGUCGAAGCAGCCUGAUGACAUUUCAAUCCAAUUCCGCAACCAAUUCCCCACGGGACUCCACCAAUCAGCCACACUCUACUUUCUCCCCCCAAUCUCCCGCUGAAUCCAAACUCCAUGUCCCCUCCUCACAACCCAUCCGCGCCGGUACCUCCCUCCUCCGCAACCGCCACACCUCCCGACCCUUCGAUGCAUCAUCCCCCAUCACCUUUUCCUCCGACCAAGCCCCCGACACCACCGAGUCCGCCGAAAACUCCCCCUCCCUCCGCAUCCCCAGCCGCGCCGCCACCGAAGUCUCCCCAAGCACCCGCCACUCCCUCUCCGAGCGCCGCCACUUCAACCUCACCGAGCUCCGCGCCAGCCGCGCUAAGCGCCUUAGCCUCGGCCGCGAAGGCCCUGCGUCCGCCUCCAGCUCCACCACCACUGGCAGUGGCGUGUACACCAGCAACGUGCCCCUCCCGGAGACGCGGAGCGCGUACCUAACCGUUGGCGGUCAACCCGGGUCCUCGACAACAGGGACGGCGAAAGAGGGGCCGGGGUACGCGCAUGGGUUGCGGCGGGUGCAGAUGGGGUUGAACGUGGGGACAGGGGAGCGAGCGGCGAGUCGGAUCGAUACGAGUCGGGUGCCGAUGAGUGCGGGGGCGGGGACGCGGCGGUAUUUGGAUCGGGAGGGGAGGCGGACGUCGUUGGGGGGGAAUGUGGCGGCGGGGAGGAAUAGUAGUUUGAGAAGCUGA